AUGAUCGUGGGGAAAAUGACUCUCGCCCGCAUUGCGGCCAGACAAUUCGUUGGCCUCUUGCUGCUCCGCUCAGUGUCGGUCGAAUUUGGCUGGCAUGUUAGUAUGGGACUGAUUCACUCUGGCACGAGUAUCGAACUCAAAGCUUCGUACAACGUCGGCUUCGGCGGAUAUAUGCUUCGUGCCCCUCGUGCCCGUGACUGUCUAGAGACUCAUCAAAUGUCCGGUAUCCGAGAAGAGGCAAGUGGAACAACUCGCCAUCAGAGACGGUGCCUUUCGGAGUGGGCAUGUUGGGCCAACUACGGACUGAGAUGUCUGGAGUCUGGCGUCUUUUUGAUAGAGAAAUUGGCGUGUGCAGGGUCUGGCCAUGGCCGUGAACGGAUGUACUGGGAACAAGCGACAUCGAUCGGGGAACUGACGCAGAUCUGA